ACUCCGUUGAGAGUAUGCGAUAGAUAAGGGGAGGACAACAGAUAGAUGGAACAGUGGUAGUAGAUUUAAACGAGGCGAUGAAAUUGAGAUGAUUAUUAUUUUUAUAUUCCAUCCUAUGGUGAUUGGAGACUAAGAAAUCUGUGAAGACAAAUGAGGUCUCCAUGACUGGAUGAUAGUGUUUGCAGUUUCUGGUAAAAGUUCUUGGCUCUCAAGUGAUUUCCGGAUAAGACUGCUGCGCCCAUGAUGAUCUUCUUUGCUAACGGAUGCUCCUGUCCGUUGUGUGGCAGGGUGUGAGUCUGCGUUUUGAGGGAAAGGCCAAUGUUCACUGGACAGAGGAGCACACAACGGGGUCUGGAGAGAGUGAGCGUAGAGAAACCGACCAUUACUAUGCCCAUGAAGACUAUUUCAACUUCGACCUCAUGCUGUUUGGUUCAGGACAGAGCACCUUAUUGCAAGCUGGUCGCCACACAUUCCCGUUCUCAUUCCUCUUACCUCCAAAUCUGCCGUCAUCAUUUGAAGGUUCCUUUGGUAAUGUGCGCUAUUCACUCAAGGGAAAAAUCGACAGACCUUGGAAGUUUGAUCACAAGACCAAAAAACUAUUUACAGUGGUCAGUGUGUUAGACUUGAAUGAACAAACUACAGCAAUGUCACCCGCUGAAGGAGGCAAUGAGAAGAACCUGUGCUGCUUGUGUUGCAAGUCUGGCCCCAUAUCAGCCACAUUCAGGAUUGACAGACAAGGAUAUGUCCCUGGUGAGACCAUACAGCUUAGUGCAGAAAUAAGCAACCACUCUUCACGCAAAAUGAAGGCUUCUAGGGUCAGACUGAUAAUGUAUAUAAUGUACCAUGCUAUACAGAAGACCCGUUCAGAUCAACAAGAUGUUGCAGUAACUUCCCACCAAGCUAUUCUCCCUGGGGGCAGUGAUGUUUGGAACAGAGAACCCUUACGUGUACCCCCCAUACCACCGUCAAACCUGAUUGGCUGCAGUAUCAUUGAUAUUAAUUAUGUUUUACAGCUUGAAGUGGAACCUGCCGGCCCCGCCUUUGACCUUGAAGUGCCCCUGGAGUUGAUCAUUGGUACAAUCCCCUUACGUCAGGUGGUGCAACAACAAUACGGUGCAAACCUGGUCCCCUUCAGUGCUGUUCAGCCAUCAAACUGGGGCCCCUUCAGCACUUUUCAGCCAUCAAACCUGGGCCCAUUCAGUGCUGUUCAGCAAUCAGCCCCUGCUGUCUCCCAACCUCCACAAUGUGUCAUGGCCCCUCCAAGCUAUGCAGAGUGUGUGUUUGGCAAGUCCUCAGUGCUGGAGGAGGAUGAGAAUGAGCACACAGGGGGGGACAAGAACUUCGCACCCAGCUACGCCUACUACGACUGGUCAAAGUAGCACAUUGGAAACAAUUUGAGCCUAGAUCUGGGAAAACGGGGCUUAAUUAUUCACUUGCAUAAAGUGUCAUUCCAGAUUAGACUAUGCAAACAGUAUUGGCUUACCAAGGACAACACUUAACAUUAAAACUAGUAUUUCGCUAAGAACGGACUUCCUUUAAAUGAAAAAUGCCAUACAAGCGGAAAGUGUCAUCCCUUUAGAGCGGGACAACACUUUAUGCACACGCAUUAAGCCCUGUUUUCCCAGAAUAAGGCUGAAUAUUUUACUAAAAAAGUUGUUUUUUCCUAUUCUAAUUUUUAUUAGCUGGAAGUUGUAAAAGGUAACAAUUAUACAUAAUUUGGAGAACUGUUUUCUUAACCUAUCAUGACUUAUAUGUUACAUUUUUGGAUAUCAUUUACACGCAUUAAUAUUUGUAUCACUACAGCCAUUGUUUCUUGUGCCUUUUUUCUGCAAAUGUUAUAAAUUUUACAAAUGGGCCUUCUGUUUUUUCAACAUUUUUAGCUCGGCUGUUUUCGAAGAAAACCUGAAGUAUUGUCAUAGCCAGCUCGUCCGCCGUCCGCGUCGUGAUAAAACCUUAAUAUUGGCUCUAAAAUUAAGUGCUUCCACCUACAGCUUUGAAACUUCAUAUGUAAGCUGCAUCCUGAUGAGUUAUACACGCCACACCUAUUUUUUGGUCACUAGGUCAAAGGUCAAGGUCACUGUGACCUCUAAAAAAAAAUUCUUCUGACAAGCUUUCAUUUAUUCAAAACGGUACCCGCUAUGCGGGGCUCUUUUUUCCCAGUUUUCAUAGAUUUGGUUGAUAACCCUUUGUAAAUAAAAGAAGAAAACAAUAUUCAAAUAAGAAGAAGGACUAAAUGCAAGUUAUGAUAAGCCUACACAUUAUUUCUUGUUGUACAGGAAGUUGUGUGGUCUGUUUCAUUGAUUCAAAAUUAUUAUUUUAAUCAAAUACUAGUAUUUAAAUGAAAAUGUUAUAGGUAUUGAAUUAUUUAAAUGUAAUUCAUGAUAAUGUGUUAUAGUCCAUUGUUUCUGUUGUUUUUUGUGAUCUUCAAACAUUUUUUACAUGAAUAUUGCAUUAUGUUUUUUUUCUAUUAUAGAUUUGUGCAUAUGUUGUUAAUUUUAGAGACCCAUGUUAUUUUUCAUACUGGUAAGUAUUCCCCUCCACCCUUUCAAUAAAUGAGGUAUUUGAGGGUAUAUUGCUUUAAUGAAGGGUAAGUUGGUCAGUAGACCAUUUUGUGUGUGCAUGGUGCCUAGGGAACCCAUUUGACAAUCAUUUGUACUGGUAUACUGGUUAUUGGAGAUGAAAGGAGAAUGACUAACAAUUUUGAGGUCAACUUGUCAGAGUUCAAUGUCAUAAGGACUUGUUACAUCAAAACAUAACCCCACAAAACGCGUAGAGAACACUUUGUUCUUGUAUUAUUAUGCACCCUUUUGAAGAAGAAGGGAUAUAUUGUUUUGCACAUGUUGGUCCGUCUGUCAGUCCGUCCACCAAAUGGUUUCCGGAUGAUAACUCAAGAACGCUUAGGCCUAGGAUAAUGAAACUUCAUAGGAACAUUGACCAUGACUGGCAUGACCCCUAUUGAUUUUCAGGUCACUAGGUCACGGUCAAGGUCACGUUUGGGGGCAUAUGUCUCCGACUGCGGAACACUUGUAUUAGUUAGUAUCCUGGGUUUUUUCUUGAGGCAAAGAAGACCACUAUCAACCAACAAAUCUAACACAAUUCUUAGGAAGCAAUAAAUCUACAGUGUGGAAUCUAUAAAAAUAAAAAAAGGGUUCUAUUCUACUGAUAUCUUUGCAAACACAGUGCUCAGUAAACCAAGUUACAGUAACUUACAUGUUAACAUAUUGAUUUGUAUUUAUUUGCAAUUUUUAUAUAAUUUACUCCUGAACGUUGUAAUUGACCGUUGUUGCUUGUAAAUAGGGCAGCUUUAUCAUUAUGUUAUAUAAACUGCAUAUUGUAGAAAAAAAAUGAAUAAAUAAAAAGAUUAAAUAAUGAAAGGUCAAUGCAUGCAAUAUGUAAAAAUGUCUGAUCAAGGUUAACAACUUUACUGCAAGUCGAGAUGAAUAUAUUUUUUGCAAAUGUGUAUUAUUUGUGUUUUAAAAAUAUAGGUAUUUAUGUAUAAAACAUACUUCUUAUCCUUUUAAUAUAUUUAAUAUUUUUAAUAAUUUUAUAUUCCUUAUAUAAAAAGAAAUAUACAUAUACCAUUGGAUGCUUUUUGAAACGCUGUUUUGAUAAUGAUGUUUAAUAAGGCUAAUACACCUUUUCUGAUUAUAGUUGAUAUAUAGCUGAGCUUUAGAGGGUGUCAGUUGUAGUUUAAUAUGAAUUACUUGUUCUUAGCUCACCUGAGCACAACCUGCUCAUGGUGACCUAUUCAUAUACAGUGAUGUCUUUCAUCCGUGCAUUUAUCUAAUGAUAUCACCUUCUAUACCGUUGGUUAGAACUCUGGGAUGUUCAUUUUAUGGUCUUGUAGUAUAAUUGUUAAAAACUGCAAUGUUCACUGAAAAAUUUCCUUAAAGUGCCCCCAAAAUGUUUUAAUAUUUGGCGUGUAACAACGUUUUGUGGUAUUUUACAAUGUUUCUUCGAAUUAUGCCACUGGGGUAAAAACUGGCCUGGUCCUGGGGAGUACCAGUGUUACUUAGACUUACAUUGGGACAAAUCUUCAGUUAUCUGUAACCAAAUAAGCACAAGAUUUUCAUAUUUGGUAUGUAGUAUUAUCUACUGGUUCAGUACAAAGUUAGUUUAAGUAAUGCCCCUGGGGUCAAAUGUGGCCUUACCCCAGGGUUCACCAGUUUUAUAUUGACUUGUAUAGAAAUAAGCUGAAAAAAAUGUUACGGUCUGAAAUUGUAAAACCUGAGGGAUUCAUAUUUUGUUUGUAAGAUCGUGUAGACAUCCUCUUAAAUGUUUGUUCAAAUCGUGUCCCUGGGGUCAAAGGUGACCACAACCCAGGGGUCAUAUUUUAUGAUCGUAAAUAUAAUAUAAUAACAGCUGUGAUAUAAAGUGUGUAACUUAUAUAGUAGUCCUCUCAUAAGUUUAUACAAAUUAUGCCUCGGUCACCAACAUUGGCCUUUGUGGUGGUGUGAGAUGUUUUAAAUUGACAAACAUAGGAAAAUACAUGUAUGAUCAAAUUAUGCCCCUGUUAUCAAAAGUAUUCCCAAACUCAAGGUCUCGAGUGUUAGAACAUUGGGCUACAAUUGUUUUUCCAGGUAAGCGUUCAAGAGUCCUCAUGGUCCUCUUUUUUACAAAUGUUUGUUAAUUAUGUGUACAAAUUAAUGUGAUUAUGUGGCGAAGAUACAUAUGUACACUAUUCAUAUUAUAUGGCAGUUUGUUAUAUUCAUAUUAUAUGGCGGUUUGUUAUUUUGCAAAGAUGUUUAUAAUGGCCCAUAUACUAGCGACCUGGUUGUCUUUUUAUGCUCCCCCAAAAUUUUUGAGGGGAGGGUAUAGUCGCCGCUUCGUCUGUCCCUGCGUGUGUCCGUCCGUGCACAAUUUUUGUCCGGGCUAUAUCUCAGCAAUUAAUGACUGGAAUUCAAUGAAACUUUAUGGGAAGCUUCACUACAUGUACCAACAGGAGAUGUGCAUAUUAUCAGCCGGUUAUGGUCGGAUGAUUUUUCACAGAGUUAUGGCCCUUUGAAAUUUUCUAUAAACUGUACAUAUAGUGCAAUUCUUGUCCCCCCAACGACUGACUGGAAUUCAAUGAAGCUUUAUGGGAAGCUUAACUACCUUGAGGAGAUGCGCAUGUUAUUUGUGGGUUCUGGUUAGAUGAUUUAUUAUGCUCCCCAAAAUUUAUUUUGGGGGGGGGAGCAUAUAGUCACCGCUUCGUCUGUCCGUGUGUCCGUCUGUGCACAAUUUUUUUCCGGGCUAUUUCUCAGCAACUAAUGACCGGAAUUCAAUGAAACUUUAUGGGAAGCUUCACUACCAAGAGGAGAUAUGCAUUUUAUCAGCGGGUUCUGGUCGAAUGAUUUUUCACAGAGUUAUGGCCCUUUGACAUUUUUGAAAUUUUCCAUUUACUGUACAUAUAGUGCAAUUCUUGUCCUGGCUAUUUCUCAGCAACUAAUGACCGGAAUUCAAUGAAACUUUAUGGGAAGCUUCACUACCAAGAGGAAAUGUGCAUUUUAUCAGCGGGUUAUAGUCGGAUGAUUUUUCACAGAGUUAUGGCCCUUUGAAAUUUUCUAUAAAAAAUUCUUGUCCCCCCAACUACUGUGCCCUCAAGACGUUUCCUUUUAUCUGAAUAUACAUUGCAAUAUUGUGACAAAAAACACCUUUGGGGAGCAUCACCCGUCUCCGACGGUUUCUUGUUUAUUCAUUGUUAGUGUCAAAUCUUGUUUAUACUACAGUUGUAAUAUGUGUUAAAUAUUUAAUUGUGUAUGUAUGCAUGUAAAGUAGUUAAAUCAUAUGUAAGGACUAUUUGAAAUACAAUAAAAAAAUUCUGUACUUAUAA